CGAUCCUGGCGGCGCCGCGGCGCGCCGUUGCCCAGCAACCAUGUCCGUGCGGCGGGCGCGGGGCCCACUGCAGCGGGUGCAGCGGCGGAGCCGGGAGCUGCAGGCGCAGCUGGAGGCGCUGCGAGCGGAGAGUGCGGCCCUGCCCCCCGAGCAGCGGAAGGGCCUUUUUCAGAGAUGUAUACAGCUGAAGAAGCUGGUGGAUGAAAAUACAAAUGCUCUUCAUGGUUUGAAAAAAGCUGAUGAGCCUGCACCUGUAGGGAAUUACAAUCAGAGGAAAGAAGAAGAAGAAAAACUCUUACUGAAACUCUCUCAGCAGCUGCAAAGGCUUAUACUGGUCUUGGAUCAGGAUAGCAUGACUACAAAUUACACAGUGGAUGAGGAACAUCAGAGAGAUGGCAAAAAUGAAGAAGAGGAUGAGAGUGAAGAUGAAGAAAGUAGUGAGGAGGACAGUGAAGAAGCAGAUGAUGAGGAUAAACAGUUGGAUGACCCAAAUGUUAAAGAAUGUAUCACAGUUGGAAACUUCAGCGCACAGCAGGAAGGGGAUCUCACAUUUACAAAAGGUGAAGUCCUGCUUAUACAUGACAAGAAGGCAGAUGGCUGGUGGGUAGCUGAAAACUCAAAAGGUUUGAGAGGCCUCGUUCCUAGAACCUAUCUUGCGGUCCAUAAUGAAGAUGGGGGAAGCCAAGAGGAAGGUGAAGAACACGUAGAAGUGGAAGAUGAGACAGCAGACAGAACUGAAACUAAAAAAAGAACUGAUUCUCACUGGAGUGCUGUAAGAAAAGCUAUUGUGGAGAAUGACACGGUAGAGGUACUGACCACCAUGGGAGCUGUUCCUGCUGGAUUCCGCCUAUCCACACUUUCCCAGCUCUUAGAAGGAGGCACUCAGUUUCGAGCAAGUUACUUUUUGCAGCCUGAACUUACUGAAUCACAGCUGGCUUUCAAAGACUUGGUGUGGAACUCUGAAAACAACACUAUUCAUCCUAGACCAACUCGAAUAUCCCUGAUCGUAACACUCUGUAGCUGUAAAAUGAUUCCACUCCCAGGAGUCAGUAUUCAGGUUCUCAGUAGACACAUUCGACUCUGUCUCUUUGAUGGCAGUCGGGUGCUGAGUAACAUUCACUCAGUGAGAGCUACAUGGCAACCUAAAAAUCCUCAAACAUGGACCUUUUCUCCAAGGGUAACAGGCAUUUUACCCAGCUUGCUUGAUGGUGACUGUUUCGUCAGGUCCAACUCUCUGUCUUCAGAUAUUGGUGUAUUAUUUGAAGUCGGCAUCACCUAUAUUCGCAACUCAACAGGUGAAAAAGGAGAGCUAAGCUGUGGCUGGGCAUUUCAGAAGCUAUUUACUUCAAAUGGAAUGCCUGUUCCUUCCAAGAUGUAUGAGCUGCCUUUAAGUGGUGGUACUCCCUAUGAGAGAGGAGUUGAGGUUGACCCGUCAAUAUCAAGAAGAGCAGGCAGUGGUGUUUUUCAUCAGUUUAUGACACUCAGGAAACAGCCCGUGCUUGCAGUGAAGCUGAGGUCAUUAAGUGUGCAGUCAAAAGACAUCCUGAAUUUGCUACCAGAAACAUUAGUUGGCAGUAUGUGCUAUAUCCACCUCUUAAUAUUUUAUCGACAGCUGCUUGGUGAUGCUCUCCUGAAAGACAGGAUAAGCAUGCAAAGCACAGAUUUAAUCUGUAAUCCUGUUUUAGCAACUUUCCCUCAACUCGUGGAUCAGCCAGACCUGAUGGAUGCACUUCGGAGUGCUUGGGCAGAUAGAGAAAGAACAUUGAUGAGAUCUGAAAAGAGAGAUCAAGAAUUUCUGAAGUCUCUGUUUGUCCUGGUGUACCAUGACUCUGUCUUCCCUCUCCUCCAGUCCACUUUUCUCCCCAAGUACAAGUGGGCUGAUGAAGAAUGUGAAGCAUCUCGCUGGAAGGUGAUUGCCGACUUCUUGAAAAAGAGCCAAGAAAAUGAUGGUGCACUCCAAUAUCUGCUGUCAUCAGAAAACACUCACAAAGCCUUUGAUAUCUCAGAGCUGACUUACGAUUUCUUAGGAGAAGUGAGGACAGACAGUCCUGGAGUAUGAAUGGAUUACAGAAAAAUGAUUCAGGCUAUAUAACAAUGGAGUAACAAUACAAAGAAAUUCUUAACAAAGUGUUUACUAGCUGAAUUGUAGCAACUAUAUUAACACAUUUAACACUUUAAGAAAUUAAAACUAGUUCAUCAUUUUAACUAACAAAA